UAUUCAUAAAUAUAUCUGUUAUAAAAAAUCAGCCUCUUUUCUUCGACUUCUUCAGUUAAAUUUUCAUUAGGAUACUACUUCUUCUCUUUUGUUGUUUUUCGUCUUUAAACUUAAUACAUAGCUAGAUAGGGAUAUAUAUUUAUAUAUACACACAGAGACUAUACCAAAGGCAACCAAAACAAUGGAAGUAAUCAACAGAUAUGUUACAAUAAAGACAUACAUAAAAGGGACUCCGAAAGAGUCAGAUUUUGAGAUUAAGUCUUCAACAAUUGUUCUAUCAGCAGAGCCUCUUUCAAACGAUGUCGUUUUGAAAAAUCUGUACGUAUCCAUUGACCCAUACCAGAUACACCGCUUCAAGGGUCACACUUCCUCUGAUCAGAAGACCUCAAAUUCUGUGGUAACCAUAGCUCCCGGCGAGGUUAUUAGUGCUUAUGGGGUGGCCAAAGUUGUGGCUUCAGGGAAUCCUAUGUAUACGAGGGAUGACUUAGUUGUGGGAACGACUAUAUGGGCAGACUAUGGUGUGUUAAAAGCAUCUGAAUACAUGUUAAGGAAACUACACCCUAAGGAUAUGGGGUUUCCAUUGUCACACCAAAUUGGAGUUUUUGGGUUUAGUGGAUUGACAGCAUAUGCUGGGCUAUUUAAAGUGGGAAAGCCUAAGAAGGGUGAGAAAGUGUUUGUCUCAGCAGCUUCUGGGUCAGUAGGCCACUUGGUUGGGCAAUAUGCCAAACAAUUUGGUUGCUAUGUUGUUGGUUGUGCUGGAAGUAAUGAAAAGGUAGCAUUGUUGAAGGAGAAGCUUGGCUUUGAUGAUGCAUUCAACUACAAGGACCAACCUAACUUAAAUUCAGCUCUCAAAAAGUACUUCCCAGAUGGGAUAGAUAUCUACUUUGACAAUGUUGGAGCUCAUAUGCUAGAAGCAACAUUGGCUAACAUGAAUAGCUUCGGUCGGGUUGUGAGUUGUGGGAUGAUAUCUGAGUACACAGACACCAACAAGCGAGUUGAGCCGAAUAUGCUUGACAUCGUAUAUAAGAGAAUCAUGAUUCAAGGAUUUAUGACAACCGAUUAUUUGACUAUCUUUCCAGAUUUUCUUUCAGCUACCAUGAAUCACAUUCGCUUAGGAAGUCUUAAGACACUUAAAGACAUCUCAACUGGUUUGGAGAGUAUACCACAAGCUUUUGUCGGACUCUUUCACGGUGCCAACGUUGGAAAGAAGAUGGUGAAAUUGGUUGAUGAAUGAACGAUCUAAUGGCUUAUUGAUUAAUAAGAUGGAAUAGAAAUUACAUAUGGUUUGUUAAACUUUCUUUUUCUUUUUCUUUUUUUGUGAGAAAAUAAUGUUCGACUACUAAUUUUUCAAUAAUGUGACAAAAUAAAAUCUGCAAAUACAUUUAAAUUCAAU